AUGGAAGAAGGCAACCCUAGACGGCCGAGAGCAGUUUCUGACGCAACCGGGGGUAGAGAUGCUGCUGCACGGCAUGCGUCUCCAUUUGGGGCUACCGUUGAACGGGAUGGUGAAUUAGGCGCCUCACCGACAAGAAGAACAUCAGAAGAAGAUGCCCCUCUAGAAGGCAUUCGACGUCGAAGUACGGGGCUUUCACGGCGACUCGGUGGUGGCGUGCCAAGUUUAAACGCCCCAACUACCUUGGCUUCAAGAACAGGCGGAAAGUUCACGACAGCAGGGCCUGAUGAGACAGCUCAGCUGCGAACAGCUCAUGAACCAUUUGUUCAGCCUGGAUAUGGUGAUCUCAACCCAUCUUACGACCAACCGGCCAACGCAAAGCCAGUAUGGAGUUUGGCCAAGCCACUGCCUCGUGUAGUGAGGUCCGGCAUGGUCCCGACAAAGGACGAGCUAUUGAAUAGUCGUGGGAAUGCACAGCUACCUGCUCAAAACUCUCAACGGCUCGGACUUGAUGUAGAUCCCAAUGAACUGGAACAAGGAAGAAUCAAGAAGACGGCGGAUCCGCGCAAGAUGGCCGCCCAGGUCGAGGAUGCCCGAUUGCAACGGGAGGCAAACUUCAUGAACAAAGUUUUGACAGGCGAUAGUGGAUCUUUCCGAAAGCAAUCCUCGCGUGUGUCUCGCACCUCGUCCGCCGGCGGGAGACGUCCUUCAUUGUGGGAACUACCCUCCGACGCCCACUUGUCAACAGUACUUGAAGAUGAGGGUCUGGCCCAGGCCCAGCCACAUGAGCUAAGCGAUGAACCUCUACAGGGGGAAGAUGAGGAAUAUGAUCCAUAUGAAGACCGAGACCACCCAGCAAACAGAAUACCAACCUUCCCCGAUCUCGACGAGUCUGCCUACCCGGAGGAUUUACACCCCCUUGUUCAAGACCUAGUCCAGGACGAAGUGCACAACAACCAUACAACCUGGUCAGUGAUUCGCACGCACCAUCGUGAGGCACUCGCCGAGUCUCUGGCUGUCUUUGUUCAACUCACCAUUGGUUUCUCCGCCGAUCUAGCAGUCACUGCGGCUAACGCAGGAAACCCCAACACCACUGCAUGGGCCUGGGGAUUUGCUACGAUGAUCGCCAUUUAUAUCUCUGGUGGUGUUUCAGGUGCCCAUCUCAAUCCAGCAAUCACCGUGAUGCUCUGGUUCUACCGUGGCUUUCCCAAACGGAAAAUGCCAGAGUACUUUGCGGCGCAAUUUAUCGGUGCUUUCUGUGCGGCUCUGGCUGCAUAUGGAGCUUAUUAUCAUUCAAUCCAGCAGUAUUCAAUCUCGUACAGUAACCCAGAUCCAGCGAUUAUCAACAGUUUUGUUACUAGCCAACGAGAGGUCUGGAUUGGACCAGCCACAGCGUUUUGGAAUGAGUUUCUUGGAACAGCAAUCUUGACCGUCACCAUUCUCGCCCUCGGUGACGACCAAAACGCACCCCCAGGUGCUGGUAUGAACGCGCUAAUUAUCGGGCUCGUUAUCACUUGUCUCAGCAUUGCUUUUGCGUAUCAGACAGGAGCAGCGCUGAAUCCGAGCCGAGACUUUGGGCCUCGACUCGCUCUUCUUGCCCUAGGUUAUGGUAAACAGCUCUUCACAAACCCGUACUGGUUCUACGGUCCAUGGGCGGGCGCCCUGACCGGCUCUUUUACGGGGGGCUUUUUGUAUGACUUUAUGAUAUUUACUGGUGGCGAGUCUCCGAUAAAUUAUCCACUGGAGAGAACUCAACGGUCGAUGCGAAAAAGUCGUAUGAAGUGGAGGCGCAGACUGCAUCUUGCUACUAAGGAGGUGGCAGAUACAAUAACUAGAUAA